AUGUCCAACAGCAGCAGCCCACAACUGCAUGCCUCCGUGUUGCAAUUCCUCAUGAACCAUGGCUACAUGGAGUCGGUUGAAGCAUUCAAAAGAGAAGCUCGGCGUCAUUUAGAUACACUGCCUUCCUUGCAAGUAUCUGAUGACCAACUUGUCAAUGAUCUAUCCCAGUUACAAAUACAAAGACCAAAUGAACUCGUCGAUGGUGAUGGCGACUAUUUUACCUCCAUGGUAUCUGACUUCUCGGAUAUCCAUUAUACCAACAUUUUGGCAGUUGCCAUUGAACCUCAAACACAUGCUUUAGCAACAAGCUCCAUUGACAAAACUGUGAAAAUCAGCACCAUGUUAUGUAAUAGCAAUGCAGAUAUCUCUCAAAGAAGCUACCGUCACCAUCAAGCACCUGUAUUGAGCAUCGACUUUCAUCCCACCUUACCCAAUCUCAUGCUGACCACUUCCAUGGAUGGCACCAGUGUGCUCGUCGACACAUCGUUUGAAGCUGAUUUCGGCGAGGAUCUUGAAAAAGCUGGUAUUCACCAAGUCUUCAAGGACCAUCAAAAGUAUGUCGUGCGUGGCCUGUUCUCACCAGGUACAGGCAAGUUCAUUGCAACCGCCUCCUAUGAUCGCACCGUGUGUAUCUAUCGUGUGGAUGAAGCAGAGGGAUCAGCAUUCUUGCCCAAAUACAAGCUUAUCAAGAAACUGGGGCCUUUUAUUGGAAACGCCGAGACGAUUUGCUUUACCAACGAUACUACUCUUGUGGUAGGCGUGCGUGAUGACAACUACUUGCAUUACAUCAAUCUUGAAAACAACAUGCAACAACAACGCAUCAACAUGAACGCCACAGGAGAUGAUUGGGUCUCCUUUUCGCCCAUCUGUAUAUCAGUUUCAUCUGAUGGCAGUCAGCUGCUGUGCACAACAGAUCAUAAAAGCGGAAGAACCAUCUUGUUUGAGACUGGCACAUCAAGACAGAUACAAAACUAUUAUGUCAAUGCAACAGACAACACAUUUGCCACGAAAAGACAAGUGUGGCAUCCCUCCGGACUGUACUUUUAUGCCUCAGGUGGCGAUGACAAUACCAUCAGUGUAGUGGAAACCAAGACAGGGCGUGUGGUUGACUCACUGACUGGCCACGAAGCCAUGAUCCGAUCUCUGGUGCUGGAUGCAGAAGUUGGGCUUGUCAGUGCUGGCUACGAUCACUCUGUCAAAAUAUGGUCCAAGCCCUCUGAUGCACUCAUAAGAUGA